CAAAUGUGUCACGCAAUGGACGCGGCCCGUGCGUCAAGAAUCGAAACCAAAUAUGUUUCACAAGCGACAACAAAAGAGAACUCAGCUUUUAUAACGUAGUGGGAAUCAUAAAUCACUGCUUUUUAUAUUCGCAUGAGGAAGAGCAGAUUUGUAGUCCUUUUGGUUUCGUAAAUGAAAUGGCGGGAGGUAACGUUAGCGUACAAGGCAGCAGAAGGGAUAGUGUGUGACAGGAGACUCGGGGGCUGACAGCGGGAUGGCCCACUUUGACACAGAGUACCAGCGCCUGGAGGCGUCCUACAGUGACUCUCCUCCCGGAGAAGAGAAUCUGCUGGUGCAUGUUCCAGAGGGAUCCAAAUCUCCAUGGCACCACAUUGAAAAUCUGGACCUUUUCUUCCAGAGAAUAUCCUUCGUGCACUGAAACAUAUUGCUUAAUGAUUAAAUAUAUUUUGUACAUGUUAAAUCAAGUAGAUUGAUAUCAGUCAACAAAAGUCUUAUUUUUCUUAACAUUCAAUACGUUUAUAAUCUACACCAGAAGAAUGGAUUUACUUGUAUGCUGCUGGGAGAAAUAUUUGAGCUUGUACAACUGGUGUUUGUGGUGGCAUUCACGGUGUUCCUGGCUAACUGUGUGGACUAUGACAUCCUCUUUGCCAACAAGUUUGUUAAUCACACUGAUUCCUCAAAGGUUACGCUUCCUGAUGCAUUUCUUCCAGUGGAUGUGUGCAGUGCUCGGAUCCGUGACAAUGUUUUUGUCAUCUUCAUCCUUAUCAUAUCAGGGGUCUUUUGGCUCCACCGUCUCGUCAAGUUUAUCUACAACAUCUGUUGUUACUGGGAGAUCAGAUCAUUUUACAUCAAUGCCCUAAAAAUGUCCAUGACAGACCUUCCUUAUUUCACCUGGCAGGAGGUGCAGGCAAGGAUUAUUGAGAUCCAGAAGGAGCACCAGAUUUGCAUCCACAAAAAAGAACUGACAGAGCUUGACAUCUACCACCGCAUCCUGCGUUUUAAAAACUACAUGGUGGCGAUGGUCAAUAAGUCACUCCUACCGGUGUGUUCGCGUUUGCCUCUGCUGGGCGACACUGUUUUUUACACUCGGGGUCUCAAGUAUAACUUUGAGUUGAUUUUCUUUUGGGGCCCUGGAUCCCUUUUUGAAAACGAAUGGAGUCUGAAGCCGGAGUACAAACGUGGAGGGAACCGUUUGGAGCUAGCGGAUCGUCUGAGCUCAAGGAUCUUGUGGAUUGGAAUUGCCAACCUUCUCUUGUGUCCAGUUAUCCUGAUUUGGCAGAUUCUGUAUGCGUUCUUCAGCUACACUGAGGUGAUCAAGCGGGAGCCGGGAAGUCUGGGUGCUCGAUGUUGGUCCCUGUAUGGCCGUUUUUACCUCCGACACUUUAAUGAACUAGACCAUGAGCUGAUUUCACGCCUCAGCAAGGGCUACAAGGCCUCCUCGAAGUACAUGAACUGCUUCAUGUCACCAUUACUGACGGUGGUGGCUAAGAACGUGGCAUUCUUUGCUGGCUCCAUACUAGCGGUUUUGAUUGCUUUGACCAUUUAUGAUGAAGAUGUAUUGGCUGUCGAACACGUGCUCAGCAGUAUUACAUUACUUGGGAUCUGCAUCACAGUCUGCAGGUCUUUUAUCCCAGACAAGCAUAUGGUGUUCUGCCCAGAACAGCUGCUUAAAGUGAUCUUGGCACACAUCCAUUACAUGCCUGAUCAUUGGCAGGGUAAUGCCCACCGUUAUGAGACCAGAGACGAGUUCUCACAGCUCUUUCAGUACAAGGCUGUAUUUAUUCUUGAGGAGCUGUUGAGUCCUGUCAUUACUCCCUUCAUUCUAAUUUUUUGCUUGCGGCGUAAAUCUCUAGAGAUCAUCGAUUUUUUCCGAAACUUUACAGUGGACGUGGUCGGUGUGGGCGAUACUUGCUCUUUUGCACAGAUGGAUGUCCGUCAACAUGGUCAUCCUGCGUGGAUGUCUGCUGGGAAAACAGAGGCCUCCAUCUAUCAGCAAGCAGAAGACGGGAAGACUGAACUGUCACUCAUGCACUUCGCUAUCACAAAUCCACACUGGCAGCCCCCUCGGGAGAGCACGCAUUUCAUCAGCCUUCUGAAAGAGAAGGUGCACCGUGAGGCCGCCACAGGACAGCAGGGAAUCAUAGCAGAGAAUCCUGCAUUUACCUCAACCCAUUCACUACAGUCUGAUUCAGAGCCUCGCAGUCUUAUUGCAAAUCUCCUGAUGGGACCACCUUCCCUGGGCUCGCUGCAUAUGGGUCGAGAGGGCACUAUCAAUCCUGUGUCCAUUGGAGUGAGUGAGGGGGCAUCCGCCCUCCGAUCGCUCUCUCCUGUGAGCACGAGUCUACACCUGCGGGGCAGCUACCCAUCUGCCAGACUGCCACGACCUGACCAUCCAGCUGUGGUGGCUGGCAGACCAAUGACAGGCUCAGGCACUGAUGCCCGUACCAUCAGCUCUGGCAGUAGUGCCUGGGAAGGCCAGCUGACCAGUAUUGUCCUAUCAGAAUACGCCUCCACAGAGAUGAGCAUUCAUGCCCUCUACAUGCAUGAGAUGCACAAGCAGCAGUCGCGAGGUGAGGUGUCUCGACACACCUGGCACAGACAGGAGAGUGACGAGAGCAGUGAGAGUGUCAAUGAGGACAUAGAAGUCGCCCGCACCUUCCCCCGUUCCAGCACUUUCCCAACCACCUCACACCAGGCGGGGGCAGCACAGCAGAGCGGCAGCCAGCGGCGCUGGGGCGGAACCUUAGAUCCUGUUUCUGGAAGCUUUCGAGCUCAGAGAACGCCUCGUAUGCCUAUGGGUGGCUGGUCUGAGGAGAACCAAAUGAGCAGACAUCACGACCCAGUGCCCGAGGAGGGGUCUGAGGAUGAGCUACCACCACACAUCCAUAAGGUGACUUAACAGGUGUAUCGUAAAUGAAGUACUCGAGAGACUUACAGCAUCCAUUUAACUCCGGACACUGAUAAAAAAAAAAGAAGUCAUAUUUAUUUACUCUUGGACAAAACACAAGUCUGAGCUUAAUUACUGUGUCACAGAGUGGCAUCAUAUCAAAUUUCCAGAUGCAUUGUAAUGGUUUGAGCUUCUGUGGGAAUGAGACAAUGAACAACAAUAUCAAAAUACUCAGUUAUUCAUAGUUCUCACAGAUUGAUCCAUUUGAGAGAAGUUCUGUAAAAUAUUUCAUUGUGAAUGGGAGAGUCUAAAUGGUCAAAUAUGAUGGCGUUCAGCUAACCUUGACAUUUCCGUUCUUGUCAAAAAGUAAAGGUUGGUGUUGAUGUAGGAAAUAUUGUGCUUAGAAUUUUUGAACUUCUUUGAAUAAUUUUGAUAGGAGGAAGAAAUAUUUAUAAUAUGCAAUGUGCCAUUAUUAACUUAAAGCUUUGCAAACUUAGAUUUUAUUGUCAAUCCCAUAUUUCUGUGAGGGGGGAAAAACCACUGAAGAUCAUUCAAGUCUGGCACUGUAAAAAUUAUGCAUGCUCUUUCUUAAUUUUUAUUAUUUGCACAA